AGCCUCUGUGGAGGCAUGGAGCAGCCCAGACCCUGCCCAGCCGCUGUGGAUGUGUUCCACACCAAUGACUCCUACCACCACGCCAGGAACUGCAGCAGCGGCGGUGCAGAAGAAAGCACCACCUACCAAGAUGGCACCCCGCUCUCCUGGAAGGUGGUCCUGACCAUCAUCUUGGCCCUCAUCACCUUGGCCACCAUGCUGUCCAACGCUUUUGUCAUCGCCACCGUCUACCAGAGCCGCAAGCUCCACACGCCGGCCAACUAUCUCAUCGCUUCCUUGGCUGUCACGGACCUCCUGGUGUCCAUCCUUGUCAUGCCCAUCAGCACCAUGUACACUGUGACUGGGAAAUGGACCCUGGGCCAGAUCGUCUGCGACAUCUGGCUCUCUUCGGAUAUCACUUGUUGCACUGCUUCCAUUCUCCAUCUGUGUGUGAUCGCCCUGGACAGGUACUGGGCCAUUACCGAUGCGGUGGAGUACUCUACUAAAAGGACUCCCAAGAGGGCGGCUGUCAUGAUUGCCCUGGUGUGGGUCUUCUCCAUCUCCAUCUCGAUGCCCCCUUUGUUCUGGCGCCAGUCGAAAGCUGAAGAAGAGGUGGCCGAUUGCGUGGUGAACACGGAUCACAUCUUGUACACAGUCUACUCCACGGUGGGGGCCUUCUACUUCCCCACCUUGCUGCUGAUCAUCCUCUAUGGAAGGAUCUACGUGGAAGCCAGGUCUCGGAUUUUGAAACAGACACCAAAGAACACAGGCAAAAGGUUAACCCGAGCCCACCUAAUAACAGAUUCCCCGGGCUCAACGUCAUCAGUCAUGUCCAUAAACUGCAAGGCUUCGGAGGCUUCUAGUGAAACGGGAUCUCCUGUGUACAUGAACCAAGUCAAAGUGAAGGUGUCUGAUGCACUACUGGAAAAAAAGAAGCUGACUGCCGCCAGAGAGCGGAAAGCUACCAAGACUUUAGGGGUUAUUCUAGGAGCCUUCAUUGUGUGCUGGCUGCCCUUCUUCAUCAUCACCUUGGUGUUGCCUAUUUGUAAAGAUGCUUGCUGGUUUCACAUGGCCAUCUUUGACUUCUUCACAUGGUUGGGAUAUCUUAACUCCUUAAUCAACCCCAUCAUCUACACCAUGUCCAAUGAAGACUUCAAACAGGCAUUUCAUAAAUUGGUACGGUUUCGGUGCACAAGCUGAGUAUUGAAUGCAGUUAAGUGUAAUUCUCCAGGGCAGGAGGGCUUGAAUGCAUUUUGUAUGUCUGGUUCUGCAGGUAGGUAGAUCAUUAUUACCAUGUUACUUCAUCUCUGGAAAAAUGGUACUUUGGAUGGCAGUGUUCGGUGCAGAGGAGAACCAUGCAAGCCUAGUGUAGCUUCCUUUCAGAGUGAAAGUAGCUUCUCUCUCAGCCUUGGUUAAAAAUGCUGCUGCAUCUUAUUAUACUCCCAUUAACAAUUGUUGAAGGAAAGUAGUUUUGGCCUUAAAAAAUGAUUGUUUCUCCUGGAUUAUGCCUUGUAGACCCACUGUGGUAGGAAUUGGAUUGCUUUGGGACAACUUCUUUGGAGACGCCUCCAUCCAGCAUGACUGCACUUGAACUAAAAGUUUGUCAUCCAGUCUCCUCUGCUAGGAGACCUUUGCCUCUCAGCCAUCUGUGUUUGAAAUGUUUCACUCCUCUUUUUCCCUGCUAGCUUGCUAAUUUUAAAGACUAUGCAGAGUGGACUGCAAAUGAAUUGUGCAUGCUGCUCAAAACCUUACUUGUCCUGCAGAGCUGAGACCUUGAAAGAAUAGGCAUUGACAGUCUGGCGAGAACUGUCCCUGACUUGUUGAUAGUAAAUGGGUUUGAGGAACAUUGGGGAAGCAAAUCAAGUAUAGGAGGAGACAGAGGGAUCAAAUAAGAACUCAGUGUGAGAAAAGCAACUCAUUCUUGUUUGUAUCUUUUCUGUUUAACAACGUGUCAGAUUGUAACCCACAAAUCAAACAGUGAGUGUGAGUGUGUGUUUUCACAUGCAUGUCUGCCUGCACAGUUGAGUGCCAAAGCUUGCAAGCUGCUUCCAUUUUUCAUUUUAGUGCUAUAUGUUCCUGACAUUUUGCAUAUUUGAAUAAGUGACUCACGCACAAAUCUCUUGAUAAUUUGUGAGUUAACACAUACAGGCCGUUUAAACCUAAAGCUGCUUUUGCUCACUAACCCAGUUUUGCUGGUGUUUUAAUUCUUACAUUGGUGCUGAUUAUGAAGCAAUCGUAACUAAAAUGACACAUUAAAUCAACCAUCUUAGUUAUUUUCUGAAAGGGACUUUUGCCCACCAAAUAAAUGCACAGCAACUUUACCUUGCACUUAUUUCACAUGCAGAUUCCUCCCAUUUCAGCUCUCCUGGUUACAUUAGGUUCAUUAAGUAUGGUACUGUCUUCCCCUUCUAAAAAUAAUAAUACUUGGAACACUCUCUAGUAAGAAAUCUUAUGUACAGUUUUCAUUUUCUUCAUCAUUUCACUCCAUUCCCUCCUCUGUGCACCCUUUCAUAAAAACUCUGAUAAGCAGGUGGAAAUUAAUUUAACUACAGCAACUUCUUAUUAACACACGUCUACAGUAAGACUCUAUCUUCAGCUUCAGUAUUUGGAGAACUGUAAAGUUCCCCAAUUGUCUGCCUAAUAUCUGGGUGCAAAAAGGUCAGGUUUUAUAUAGUAUUCCCUGCUUUGAAUAACCAUUGUGCUUAGAAAAUCCAGUUACAUCUUCCUGUAUUAUAUAAUACAUGCAAGAAAGCUUUCUGGUUUUACAUGUUCCCACUUUUAAAAAUAGUAAAACCUGUUUUAAUAAGAACUUCACCAGGUGGGAGGGUCCUGAUCCCAAACCCCUUCAGAAUAAAGCUUUUUCCUCCUCCUCCCCAGUAGGCUUUUGUUCUGAUGUCAAAUGAAGAAUGUCAGUAACUGUCUUCUGCAGAUAUAUUUGUGCAUCCAGAAAUGUUCAUUCUUAGAACUUCCAAAAUGUAAAUUGUCAGCUUUCAGUAAGGGUAAAGCAAGAGGAUAAAUAUAAAGAUGUAUGUAGCCUAAAGGAGGCUUGUUAUUCAUGGGAAGUCUGUACUUUACAGACUUGUACACUGUCUGUAAUACAGAGUAUAGUAUACAGAUAC